AUGUAUCGCAUCACAUAUUGGCUCCUCUAUUCUCACCACUAUUACGCACUCGCUGUGGGCUUUUUGCGUUUCCGUUAUAACUUCGCCACUGACCAAACGCUCACCACAACUUUCAUCACCUUCUAUAGUGCCGCUACCAACAUGCUGACCUUGCUCUGUCUGCCUUGGAUUUAUCAUUAUUCUUUACGUCUAUUGUUGCAGCACGAGCAUGCGGGAUUGUUACUUAUCUACCUUUUCAUAAUCACGAAAAUAGUAAGAGUAUUAGCCGUAGUUCUAGCGAUUAUCUAUAAUUGGAAAAAGCGCGCUGAAAUUUUGGCUGUCAUACGCGAUUUCAACGACUUGCGAUGGCAUUACUUUUCACGUUUUCCAACACCGCUGGAAUUUCAAAGGACUUACGAAAUCAGAAUUAUACGAAAUAUACUGGCAGGUAUCGUUAUUGAGGCUUCAGGUUUGAUUACACUAUUGAACAACUACAAACAUACCGCCACAGCUUCGUUCAUUGUCAGCACCUUAGUGUUGACUGUCAUAUCAAAUUUUUUGUGUUUGGUUAUGAAUCAAUACUAUUUCGCCAUACAAACCGUUAUACUAUUUGGCCGUAUGCUGAAUCGGCAAUUGAUCGGUAUUUUAAAAAGAGCAAAAAGCAUCGCACGAAUGUUUCGCCAUCAACGCUCCCAAACACAUUUAAUAGCACGCUGUCGAAAAUUGUCCAAUGAUCUCGAUGAGUUGGCGAAGGCGCACAGCCAGCUACAGGCACUGGCAGUACGCAUUAAUGCCAUGUUCAAAUUACAAGGCUUGGGUGUAUUAAUCAAUAUGUUUAUUUUCAAUGUCUGCUUAAUAUAUUCCGCUUAUUCGGUGAUUAGAACGGGUGAAUUCACGGCUAGUCAGAAUGGCUGGAUUUCUGUGUUGAUGAUAGCCUCGUGCACUGUCUACUUGGCGGACUUGAAGGACUUUCUGAGCGCAAUCGUCGAGCAUGUCGAUGUAUUUCGCAUAACUUGCGUACAUUUGGAGCAGCUUACUCCCUUGCAACUGUUGACUAAUGAGUUCGAACGAAGUUUGGAAACAUUUCGUUUGCAAUUGUAUCUCGAUGAAUUUCACUUGAAGUUAUUAGGACUAUUUAGCUUCAACACCCAAUGGAUCUUCUCGAUGUUCGCCUCAGUGUUAAUGAAUUCGAUUCUAAUAAUGCAGUUUGAUUAUCAAUAUUUUCAAUAA